AUGCUGCUUAUCAUUACCAAUGGUAUAGUUUCUGCCAUUCUAUUUUUCCUGGCUAUAUUUCCACCUUUAUACAUCAACAGAUCAUUUUCACCUGAGGAGGACGCUUCUUCGUUAUGCAUCAAUGAACUCUGCUCUGAUAGCACUAUGAGUAACUCCGUAAAGCAAAAACUUUAUUUAUUAGUCAUUAUUCCCUUGUGUGUGACGCUUAACUGCAUCUUUCUCUAUUUUAGCUACUAUCGGUCCAUCCGGUUUAUUCAGUUCCGUGUUGAACUAAAUAUUAUAUCGCUUUACGAAUACCGAGGGGAGGUACAGAAUAUGCACGGCACGCUAGAUGGCAUUCCUCCACGAAUCCAUGGUCAAGCAAAGUUAGGUCGCAAAAGUUUUGGUAAUGCAGUUUUGCCACCCAUGCAGCAUCGCAAACCCAGCACGAUACCGAAUGGAGGCACCGAAUUGAAUGCCUAUAAUACUGCUAAUAGUGCUAACGCUGCAUCGAGCUUUGAUUGGCGUGCACGUGCUGAAUUCAUUCGCUACACACGACCAAAGAACGUCAAAAAGGACGCAUAUGUUAUUCAUGUCUUUUUCCCGGAGAUUCGAGACCUUUACAUUGAGGUUGAAAAUAUAUUCUUCACACCCGCCAUGAUAGCGGAGAAAAACUUCCUCACCGUCAGGGAUAAACUAGUGAACUCAGCGGGCUCUCUUCCUACUGUCAACCCGAAACCAUCGAGGUCUACCGUGGAGCCAAUAACGAAGGGGCAUUAUAAUUCAAAGCACAUCCCCGUCCUCUUGCUAGGGGCUUCUGUACGGAAACAGCUACAACAGCAACAGCAAAAGCACCAUACGCGUGAGUUCCCCUUCUCCACACACCCAAUGGGCACAAGUACUACCGUCCCUGUAGCCAUGGCCUCUGAUACCGACGAUUUUCACUCGACGGUGCUAAGGCUAACAGAUAUGAAGGGCAACGUGAGACCCCCGUUUACUGAGAGCCAACCUGCUAUCGACAGCGAUGAAUUUGAAGCGUCGGAGGUAUCACCAACCAUGCUUCCUAAAAAAAGAAUACACUAA